AUGCCCUGGGCCAGACCCCCGGUGGACCUCCAUGCUGGUGGAGCAAAGGCCAUGGACAACAUAGACGACCACCACUACGAGGGCUCCCUGUUCCCCACGUCCACCCUCAUCCCGGUCACCGUCAUCUGCAUCCUCAUCUUCGUGGUGGGGGUGACGGGCAACACCAUGACCAUCCUCAUCAUCCAGCACUUCAAGGACAUGAAGACCACCACCAACCUGUACCUGUCCAGCAUGGCGGUGUCCGACCUCAUCAUCUUCCUCUGCCUGCCCUUUGACCUGUACCGCCUGUGGAAGUACGUGCCCUGGCUCUUCGGGGAGGCCGUGUGCCGCUUUUAUCACUACAUCUUCGAAGGCUGCACCUCGGCCACCAUCCUCCACAUCACGGCCCUGAGCAUCGAGCGCUACCUGGCCAUCAGCUUCCCCCUCUGGAGCAAGGUGGUGGUGACCCGACGCAGGGUCCAGUACAUCAUCCUGGCCCUGUGGGGCUUCGCCCUGGUCUCCGCCGCGCCCACUCUCUUCCUGGUGGGGGUGGAGUACGAUAACGACACCCACCCCGACUACAACACGGGCCAGUGCAAGCACACCAGCUACGCCAUCAGCUCCGGGCAGCUGCACAUCAUGCUCUGGGUGUCCACCACCUACUUCUUCUGCCCCAUGCUCUGCCUCGUCCUCCUCUACGGCUCCAUCGGGUGCAAGCUGUGGAAGAGCAAGAAUGACUUGCAAGGCACCUGCACGCUGGCCCGGGAGAGGUCACACCGGCAAACGGUCAAGAUCCUGGUGGUGGUGGUGCUGGCCUUCAUCAUCUGCUGGCUGCCCUACCACAUCGGCAGAAACCUCUUCGCCCAGGUCGACGACUACGAGACGGCCAUGCUGAGCCAGAACUUCAACAUGGCCUCCAUGGUGCUCUGCUACCUCAGCGCCUCCAUCAACCCCGUCGUCUACAACCUCAUGUCCCGGAAGUACAGGGCCGCGGCCAAGCGCCUCUUCCUGCUGAGCCAGCGGCCCGGAGAGGUGCACCGCAGCCAGAGGCAGCUCUGCGUCACCGAUCACAUCUCCACCCUGAACCAAAGCCUAACUGGCGUCUGA